AUGGACGAGAAGCCCACGCCACGGGACACUGACGUCCCUGGCGGCUUCCCCGAGACGCCUAGUCUUGCCCCGACCAGUGGCCGUCCUACGCCGAUGGCAUUGUCCAGUCACGACCAGCACAACUAUCAGAAUGCCGCAAACACACAAUCCAGUCAGAUUACCCGGACCGGCACAAGUUACUUUGCCACGACAUCGCGUGUCCGCGACGACACUUCUUCUUCUACUGUAACGCUUUCUGGCAACGGUGUUGCGGUUUCGGGUAGUCGCAGGGCUUCGCGAGUAGAAGAUUUGUCGGAAAAGCAUGUCCCAAUCGAUGAUGAUUCGACGCCAUCCUCUCCCUCCGCAAACGCUCUAUCGCCUACGGAUAGUAUGCAUUUUGCGCCUCUCAAGACCCAUGCCAGCAACACCAAACGGCCAGAUGCCCGCAGACAAGGAAGCAAUUUGACCGAAGAUGACCUUUUCCGAGUGUUGUCUCGCCGUCGUACCAAUGCUACGCACCAGUCAGAUGCUGAGCAGGAAGAGGAGCAGCAAGAGGUUGAACGUCUCAUGUCUCGGAUAUUUGGUCGAGCUCGACAAGAACAGAGUGAGGAAGAGAAAACACGGCAUAGCGGAGUUGUUUUCCGCGAUCUCACGGUCAAAGGUGUCGGUCUCGGGGCCAGCUUACAGCCCACGAUUGGAGACAUCUUCCUCGGAUUCCCCCGAAAGAUCAAGAUGCUUUUCACUCGAGGGCCUAAGGCUGCAUUCGCAAAGCCCCCGGUCAGGGAGCUCAUCAGUCAUUUCGAUGGUUGUGUACGCCCUGGAGAGCUUCUUCUUGUUCUUGGUCGUCCAGGCUCAGGAUGUAGCACUUUCCUCAAGGCAUUCUGCAAUCAAAGGGCAGGGUUCCAGGCUAUUGAAGGAGAUGUCACUUAUGGAGGCGCCCCGGCUGAGGAGAUGAGCAAAAGAUUUCGCGGAGAAAUCAUCUACAACCCAGAAGACGACCUCCACUACCCAACCCUGACCGUCAAGAGAACCCUCAACUUCGCUCUUGAGACUCGAACCCCUGGCAAGGAAUCAAGACUUGACGGAGAGAGCAGGAAGGACUACAUCGAGGAGUUCAUGCGAGUUGCCACGAAACUCUUUUGGAUCGAGCAUACCUUGGGCACCAAGGUUGGAAACGAGUAUGUGAGAGGUGUAUCGGGUGGCGAAAGAAAGCGUGUCAGUAUCGCAGAAGCCAUGAUUACUCGCGCAUCCGUUCAAGGGUGGGACAACUCAAGCAAAGGCCUCGAUGCCAGUACUGCCGUGGAGUACGUCCGAUCGAUUCGGGCCAUGACAAACAUGGCAGAGAUAUCAACGGCCGUGUCGCUUUACCAAGCCGGCGAGUCUUUAUAUGAUCUUGUCGACAAAGUGCUCCUCAUCGACGAGGGCAAGUGUCUUUAUUAUGGACCCUCGGAAUCCGCAAAGCAGUACUUCAUUGACCUCGGCUUCGAGUGCCCAGACCGGUGGACAACUGCAGACUUCUUGACUUCGGUGACCGAUGAGCAUGAGCGCCAUAUUCGGGAUGGCUACGAGUCCCGAAUUCCAAGAACCCCCGAGGAGUUUGAUUGGGCAUAUAGGAAUAGCGAGGCCUACAGGAGAAACAUCCAAGAUGUGGAAGAGUUUGAGUCUCAGCUUGCACAGCAAAUCGAGAGCCGCCGCCAGAACGAAUCGAAGAAAACAGAGACCAAGAACUACGAGAUUCCCUUCCACAAGCAGGUCAUCUACUGCACCAAGCGCCAGUUCAUGGUUAUGGCCGGAGAUCGAGCGUCCCUCUUUGGUAAGUGGGGCGGACUGGUGUUCCAAGGUCUUAUCGUGGGCAGUUUGUUCUACAACCUUCCGAAUACCGCUGCCGGAGCAUUCCCCCGCGGAGGAACCUUGUUCUUCCUGCUUCUCUUCAACGCCUUACUAGCACUGGCCGAGCAAUCCGCAGCAUUCGAAUCGAAACCCAUCCUGCUCAAGCACAAGUCCUUCUCUUUCUACCGCCCAGCAGCUUUUGCCAUUGCACAAACUGUAGUGGACGUGCCGCUCGUCUUCAUCCAGGUUGUCCUCUUCAACAUCAUCAUCUACUGGAUGUCCAACCUUGCCAGGACUGCGUCACAGUUCUUCAUCGCCACCCUCAUUCUCUGGUUGGUUACCAUGGUCACCUAUGCUUUCUUCCGUGCAAUCUCAGCUUGGUGCAAGACCUUGGACGAUGCUACACGAUUCACCGGCAUAUCUGUUCAGAUCGUCAUCGUUUACACAGGCUACCUUAUCCCACCAACUUCGAUGCGCCCCUGGUUUGGGUGGCUGCGAUGGAUCAACUGGAUCCAGUACGGCUUCGAGUGUCUCAUGUCUAAUGAGUUUUACGACCGAGAGCUGCAAUGCGUCCCGCCUUACCUCGUUCCUCAAGGACCCAACGCCUCGCCGGCGUACCAAGGCUGUGCGCUUGCUGGAAGCCCACCGGGUCAGACGAUUGUACCCGGCUCCAGUUACAUUGAAGCUUCAUUCACGUAUUCUCGUUCUCACCUAUGGCGGAAUUUCGGCUUCCUAUGGGCCUUCUUCUUCGUCUUUGUAGUCCUCACAGCCUUGGGCAUGGAGCACAUGAAGCCGAACACUGGUGGCGGCGCUAUUACCGUUUACAAGCGUGGGCAAGUCCCCAAGAAGGUGGAGAAUAACAUCGCCGCGGGCGGGCGUGGCAAGAAGGGUGAUGAGGAAUCAGGCGAAGCCAACAACAGUACGCAAACGAUGACAGCCGACACUGCGAAGAAAGAGAAGAGCGACGAGGACACCAUGAAGCAAGUAGCUCGGAAUGAGACCGUCUUCACCUUCCGCAAUGUCAAGUACGUUAUACCUUUCGAGAAGGGAGAGCGCACGCUUCUGGAUGAUGUCCAAGGUUACGUCCGUCCUGGAAAACUCACUGCGCUCAUGGGUGCCUCCGGUGCUGGUAAGACGACUCUGCUGAAUGCCCUGGCUCAACGCCUCACCUUUGGCAAAGUCACUGGGGAGUUCCUGGUCGAUGCUCGACCACUGCCCAAGUCCUUCCAGAGAGCUACUGGCUAUGCUGAGCAGAUGGAUGUGCAUGAACCUUCGGCGACGGUUCGAGAAGCUCUUCAGUUCUCAGCGCUAUUGCGCCAACCCCGAGAAGUAUCUAAGAAGGAGAAGUUCGAUUACUGUGAAACUAUCAUUGAUCUCCUUGAGAUGCGCGAUAUCGCCGGGGCAACAAUUGGCAAAGUUGGCGAGGGCCUGAAUGCCGAACAGCGAAAAAGACUCACCAUUGGAGUAGAGCUGGCUUCGAAGCCUGAGCUCCUCAUGUUCUUGGACGAGCCUACUUCUGGUUUGGAUUCUGGAGCCGCUUUCAACAUUGUCCGAUUCUUGCGCAAGCUGGCAGACGCUGGUCAAGCCGUACUGUGCACCAUUCACCAGCCGUCGGCCGUGUUGUUCGAGGAAUUCGACGAGCUGUUACUUCUCAAGGCCGGCGGCCGAGUUGCGUACAAUGGCCCGCUUGGUCAAGACAGCCAAGAACUGAUUCAGUACUUUGAGUCAAACGGCGCUCACAAGUGCCCUCCGAGCAGCAAUCCAGCCGAGUACAUGCUGGAGGCAAUCGGUGCCGGUGACCCGAACUACAAAGGCAAGGAUUGGGGAGAUGUCUGGGCGCAGUCGAAGCACAUGGAACAGAGAUCCCGAGACAUUGACGAGAUACUGGCCAAGAGGAAGGAUGUCGAGCCCUCGAAGAGCCUCAAGGACGACCGUGAAUACGCCAUGCCAUUAACGACUCAAACGGUGGCAGUGGUCAAGCGGUCGUUCACUGCCUACUGGCGCACGCCCAACUACAUCGUCGGAAAGUUCAUGUUACACAUCUUGACAGGUCUAUUCAACUGCUUCACCUUUUACAAGAUCGGCUACGCAUCCGUCGACUACCAGAACCGGCUCUUCUCAAUCUUCAUGACCCUGACGAUUAGUCCCCCGCUCAUCCAGCAAUUGCAGCCCGUGUUCCUUCAAUCCCGCCAGAUUUUCCAGUCGCGCGAGAACAAUGCAAAGAUUUACAGCUGGUUUGCUUGGACGACAGCUGCCGUUCUCGUCGAGAUUCCCUACGCUAUUGUCGCCGGAGGCAUCUACUUCAACUGCUGGUGGUGGGGCGUUUUCGGAUGGCGUCUUCCCGGCUUCAACUCCGGCUUUGCAUUCCUCUUGGUCAUCCUUUUCGAGCUGUACUACGUGAGCUUUGGCCAGGCGAUCGCCGCAUUCGCCCCCAAUGAGCUUCUCGCGUCUCUCUUGGUUCCCAUCUUCUUCCUCUUCGUCGUCAGUUUCUGCGGUGUGGUUGUGCCCGCGGCCCAACUUCCUACGUUCUGGAGAGCUUGGAUGUACUGGCUUACACCUUUCCACUACCUGCUGGAAGCCUUCCUCGGAGUCGCCAUUCAUGACCAGCCUGUCCAGUGCGAGUCCGGCGAGUUUGCCAGAUACCAGCCGCCUCCCAACCUGUCCUGCGAAGACUACACCGCGCCUUAUAUCCAGCAGGCGGGUGGUUACGUUCAGACCGGAGAUGGGGGUGUUUGCGAAUUCUGCCAGUAUGCGACGGGUGAUGAAUUCGGUGCAGGUUUCAGCGUUUACUACAGCAAUAUCUGGCGGGACUUUGGCAUCUUCUGCGGGUUUAUCGUCUUCAAUUACGCCGUGGUCUAUGUCGGAACCUGGCUCAGGUUCAAGGGGAAGAAUCCCUUCAAGAAGAUCAUGAUGAAAAAGGGCGGCAGUAAUUAA